UAGAAUAUGAAGCUCUCUGUGGUAGGUCAUAAGAAUAUAUAUAGUUUUGUUAAAUCUGGUUCACAUCCAAAUCGUGACCAUACCUGGUACGGCCAUGUGUAUCCCACAUCCAAACAAAAAUAUCACACACACACACCCACACACACACACACACACACACCCACACACCCACACACACACACACACACACACACACACACACACACACAAACACACACGUGCAUGUACAGACAAACGCAUGCAUACGAACCUGCUUAUAAAAGUCGAGCAUCCCUCUAGGCUUUAUAAUACUCUGUACUUAGAACAACGUGUGCGAUCUUACAACAUGGCUGAUGUUUGUCCUAACGCGCCGAAAAAAGCUCACCCUUUUUUGGGAAGAAUAGAAAAAAUGUUAGAACAUGAAAAGAUUCAAUAUUGGGUAAUGUCAAACGGAUGUACAGCCGGGUUUUUUUUCGAUGCAGAAAAAGGAACCGUUUUGCUUUUCAAGUUCUCGGUCCCGGGAACACACGAUCUUUUCCUUUCACGUAGAAUAUGAAGCACUCCGAGUCAGGCCUAGGUCAAAAGGUCAACAACGUAAAACCCCCGUUCUGAUGCAUUCCCGAGCACAAACACACCCCCACACACACACACACACACACACACACACACACUCGAAUGCAUAUGAACCUGUUUAUAAAGUCGAGCACUUCAAAAGUUUUAACAUCGGAAAAGGUUCGACCGAAUUUCCAGAGUCAGUUCUUCACUACUUCGAAAGUUUGAACAUCGGCAAAGUUCAACAGAAUUUCCAGACCCCAUGGAUUUCUUGGCAGGUAAAAAUUUGUAUUUUAUUCAAUUAAUAGUUAAAUAUAAAUUGAAAUACAAUGUUUAUGUAAUUAUCCAGUAGGCAAUGAUAUUGAUAUAAACUUAGAACUAAUCAUUCUGAGUACAAAAAUCAUCAUACUUAUCUGGUCAUUAUGUAAUCUGGUACGAUACUUUAUCUAAAUUGUAAAUAUUCAUUACAUUUAUAUUACAGUGCAAGACCGAGUUAAGCUCAUCUGAUUCUAGUGUAUAGGUAAUUAAAAUUUGUCUCUUAGAUCUAUGUAGUGAUCUAAAAUGAGAAUGUUAAGUUAUUAAAAGUAUGUUUUACUGUUUUAUAGACAGCUUGGUGAUUAUUUCUGAUGAGAUUCCCGAAACAACCACUCAGGACCUUUUGAAUCUGAGUUCCACACAAUUUGAGGGAAACGUGUCUAACAGUGAUUACGACGGAGAUAUUUCAGAUACGAGUGCUACAAUAGAAGACCAAGAGGAAAUCAUCUCGGAAACCGACAUUCAACAAGACAUCGAACUUCAACAGAUCUGCGCAGUGUGGCGUGAAUUCUUCGAAGCAAAGACUGAUUUAUUGGAAAACUUUGGACAGAUUGAUUAUACACUUGAAUCUGGUCGAGGUACAGAUUUUAUCCCUUUACUGUACAGCACGCUUGAAAAUGUGAAUAGAUGUCUCUCAGUGAGCAUAAAGUUGAUUAGAAAAUUGUAUGAUAGAUAUGGCGCAGAAACGACUGAAAUGCAGUUCGGAUAUGGAGAUUAAAAAAAAGAGAACCGAAAAAUCUCCAUUAUCGCAUGAUUUCUUUUAUGACGGAAACCAGAGUUUUUCAAAUGAUUCGCACACACCCCUGAACCCAUAUUUAACUGAAGCGAUCAACAGGCUGAACGAAAGUUUAAUAACGUCACACCAAGUCGUUAGUGAGAGACCUAAUCAGAAUCCAAAUCACGUCGUAUCAAACACAACGGUAACGCCGAAUGAUAUAUUUUCUGAAUUAAAUCAAUGUCUGUUAGAGUUACAUAAUAACCUAAAUGAACACGGUCAUUCAGUACAAAUAAACCCUGAUCUAAUCGAUGCAGUCAAUCAGUUGAAUGAAAAUUUAAGAUCGUCAGAACAGAACAAUACUCAAAAUGAAAACCCCAGACGAAUUUCCAGUCAAACUGUAUCAAGUACGCCGGUCACGUCGCACGACAUAUUUUUCGAAUUAAAUCAAUGUCUGUUAGAGUUACAAAAUAACCUAAUCGAACAAAGAGAAUCUUUGCAGAUAAAUCCAUGUUUAAUAGACGUGGUGAAUCAAAUCAAUGAAAAUAUGUCAUUACCUCCCGUUCAGAAUAUCGUCUCGACUCCAGAAAACGCUCAGGAACCUAGUCCGUUAUCUUCUCAUGAUACGUUACACGAACUUAAUCAAAGUAUUAUGAGGAUAAAUGACAGUCUUGUUAACUUAAUCGAAAACCCUGACAAUAUUGCACAAAAUUCGGAAAACGAUAAUGAACGCAACCGCCCAAUGGAAAACAUACACUCACCUAAUACCCAAGAUUCUCAAAUGGAAAACACACAUUCGCCAGAUACCCAAGAUUCUCAAAUGGAAAACUCGCCCGAUAUCCAAGUAGAGCAAGAGGGUGAUGGAUUAGAUCCUAAUAUUAGAAUAAUUAAUCGGGAAAGAUUCAACAACACUGAGAUUAGGAGAAGAGUGAAUUUUUCUUCUAUCGCGAACGUUGACAGCUUUGCAGAUUUUUAUAAUUAUGUUUUAGAGAUUUUAAACAGCGCGAUUGAAAUCGCUAACAAUUUAAUUUCUGCCAAGGAUGUAGUCACCGUUGAAAUUAGAGGUGAUACGGUCAAUGUUUCAUCACGCGUUCAAAUAGACAAUGGUGUCAUCGAUUUAGGUUCUUUUCUGACCAUGCUCCAAAAUGCAAUUCAGAGUAAACGUGAAAUUUUUACCGAUAAUACCCUUGAAAUAGUCGUCCAAAUCGUCCGACCACUUCGGGGUGGUGGAAAUAGAAGGAAAAUAGGCCAUAUAUUCAAAUCAGAAACCCUGCAGAAGAAAAUGCAGCAUCUAUACAUUUUUCACAACAGAGACAACAUGUGCUUCGCCUUGUGUGUUAGCCAACUUUUGAAUCGUGAAAAAAAUGAUUUUGAAACCGAACAAAUCGCUAGAAAAUUACAACACGAUGUGGGAUUAUCCGUAAACAACGCGGUCAGCUUCGCUGACGUACCGAGAUUUGAGAGACAUUUGAAUUGCAAAAUCGUAAUCGUAUACUGUUCUGCUAGCAAAGCCGGAUACUCUUUCUUUCAAACUAGCAAGACUCCCCACGAAAAAACCAUUUACUUGUUUUUACAUGACAACCACUAUUAUGGGGUUAAAAGUAUCACCGGACUUUUAGGAACGAGUCAUGUUUGUCAUUUCUGCCAUUCGGGGUUUGACGUUUUAUGGAAUCAUAAAUGCUCUUAUAGCUGCAACGUUUGUCACGACCCCGAUUGUUACAAACACCCUAAGAAUGUUACUAAAUGUCCAGAGUGUCAGAGACUGUGUAGCUCCCAAUACUGUUUCGAGAGGCAUAAAGCAAAGAUUCAAUCGCACAAAGGCGAAUAUUCUAUGUGUGAAACGGGGUUCUACUGUGGUAAAUGUAAACGUGUGAUAAGGGAUAAUCCUUCUAAUCGUGAGAAUCACGUAUGUGCCCAUUCGAAAUGCAUACUCUGUGGCCAAAAACUCGAUGAGGAUAUCGAGCAUAGAUGUUUUAUACAGAGGGCCAGGAAAGAAAGCGAAAAUACGGAUUAUGUGUUUUACGAUUUCGAAACUAGGCAGGAAACAGGAACACAUGUAGCUAAUUUCAUAUGCUGUAUUGAUUUUAAGGGAGAGGAGUGGGUGGCUGAAGGGGAUGAUUGCGUCAGUGCCUUCUUUAAAAAGUUUCGGUGUAAUGCAUACCACGGAUACAAGUUUAUAGCCCAUAACGCUAGAGGGUUCGAUUCAUACCUUUUGUUAAACCAUUUAGUGAAAGAAGGAAUCACACCCGAAAUCAUAGCACAAGGCGGUAAAAUUUUGUGUUUCAUCGAUACCGCGUUUCGUCAGUCCUACAUUGAUAGUCUAUCGUUCUUACCCAUGAAAUUGAGUAGCAUCCCAAAAGCCAUGGGUUUUUCGGAAAGCAAGAAAGGCUAUUUUCCCCAUUUCUGGAACACCGUAGAACAUCAGGAUUACGUAGGGCCGUAUCCUGACCCUAAGUUUUACGGUGUAGAUGGCAUGAUGCCUAAGGAUAGAGAAGAAUUCUUUAAGUGGUACAGAACGGUUUCUGACAAAGUGUUUGAUUUCAAGAAAGAGAUGGCGGAAUACUGUGUGAACGAUGUAGAAAUUUUGAGAAAGGGUUGUAUAGCUUUCAGACAAGAAAUUCUGGAUAGUACAAAGGUCGAUCCUUUUAAAUGCAUAACGAUCGCGUCUGUGUGCAUGAAAAUCUUUAGAACCAACUUCCUGCGUAAAGACACUUUAGCUAUUCCGCCUCUUGAUAAUUACAUCACCACUCAGAAAUCUUUCUCAACACCAUCCAUACAAUGGCUCGAAUAUGUUUCAAAAACGCAAAACCUACCCAUUCGCCACGCGUUGAACGAAGGUGAAGUCAAGUUCGUGUUUUCCCUCAAUGACCCCGCAUCCUCUUACCAAAUCAAACACAACCUUCGGAGAUAUCCGUCAAAAAUCGAUGGAGAGAAUUAA